AUGCUAGGUCUUGGGGAAGUUCUGGCGGUCGGGAAAAACUCCAAAUUUCAGCCUGGACAGUUUGUGGCGUAUCUUCACUACGGCGCGUUUUCGGAAUACGUCGUUGUUGAUGACGGUGAGGGGAUUCUGGUACCUUCGCAGGACGCUGCUUUCAUGAGUAUUGCCCUUAGUGGUCUCACCGCCUCGCUGGCUUUUGAGAAAGAAGGGGAUCUGAAGCCGGGGAAGAAUGUUCUAGUGACUGCUGCCGCGGGUGGAGCAGGGCAGUUCGCCGUACAGAUCGCUAAACUGGUCGGGUGUCACGUGAUUGGCACGUUUUUCAGACCCGAGAAAGCCGAGUUUCUCACGAGUCUGGGCUGCGAUAGAACAGUUAACUACAGAGAAGAGAAACUGGAUGAAGUUCUGAAAAAAGAAUAUCCAAAAGGUGUGGACGUGGUAUACGAAGGGGUAGGGAAAGAAAUGUUUGACGCCGCGCUCAAGAACAUCGCCGAGUUCGACCGGAUCAUCGUGCUGGGGCAAAUCGCGGCGUACGGAGAUAACGACAGCAAGAAACAAUUCUCCGAGCUUUUGACCGCGUCAGAGGUGUCCAUCCCACUGGCCCUGCUGGUCAAAUCGGCCAGCUUGCGUGGGUUUUGGUUGACCAGUUACAUGGAUGACUUUCCACGUCACAUUCAGAAAUUGUCGGAGCUCUACGAGCAGGGGAAGAUCCAGGUGAACACGGACAAAGGAGGGACUGCGGAGAACGGACCGUUUGUGGGGCUAGAGAAAAUCGUGGACGCGUUGGGUCACAUGUACGCCAGGAAAAACGUGGGCAAAGUGAUUGUGGAGCUUCAUUAA